AUGCGGUUCACAAUCAAGUCGUUACUCCUGGCCGGCAGCCUCAUCACCACUGUCGCUGCGGAGACCACCGAGAUCCAAAUGUUCUAUCCCGAAGGAGAGGUCACCUUCGCCCCGCACUCCCUCCAAGCCAGCAUCAUCAAUGCCAACGCCGACGCUACCACCUACCAGGUCAAGUGCGUCGAUGACUCGGACGUUUGCGACCUCGCUGUUCCCGCGACUGUCACCCAAGGCCCGUCCGCGUUCACGAUGAACGCCGUGGUCGUAACGGGGACCCUCGGAGUCAAGGGAACGGGAACCGUGCAGGAGGCUUGCCAAAUCACCUCUUCGACCCAGGGCGCUUCCUGCUCCAUCAGUCUUGGCCUGGAGUUUAACACGUUGGGCAUCUCGACCUCGACUUCGUGGACGACUGCAACUUCCAUCAAGGGCGACGAUAUCACCUACCGUGCGAUACCGGUCACCGCUGGUGUUAACAAGCUCAACUCUCCUCAGGCCACUGAAUCGCCCGGCGUUGCUGCGAGAUAA